GAAGAAGACCAGUGACGUAAACAAACAGGAGGGGGAAAGAGAGAGAUAGGGGAGAUACGUGUCUUCCUAACAUGAUUCCACGCCCACCACAGCACACACAGGACACAGCAAAGGACAGCAGAGACCAGAAACCCACGGAAAGAGAACCAGAGGACCCAAGACACAAUACAUAGCGUGGAAACCGAGAAACAAGAAUAAAAGGAAAAGGCCACAGAGAAGGGUAGCCAGGUUUCCAUAGGUGGUUUUCCCCUUUGUGGUGCAGAAGCCAGGUAAAAUUAUCACCAGGAUCAUCAAACAGUCCAUGAAAAUUACAGAACUUCUACAAGAGGCUUUCCAAAUAGGCUUACCAAGGUGCUAAUACGUUUAUGUAUAGCUGGUUUGUGGAAUAAAAGAAAAGAAUAACAAGAAGACGUGAAACCCAGGAAAAUAAGGAAAGACAAGGCAAUAGAACAGAAGUCAUUACUACAAUCAAGAACUAUAUAGCAAAGACUUAUCCCACGUCUACUUAGUGUGUGAAUAAGCGGAAGAGAGGAUCAAGAGGAGGAGGGCCUAGGCAGCAAUACAAAGCGACACUGAUCAAAAGGAGAAGAGGACGUGGCGCCUAGCUGGGGACCGUUCAUGGUGGGGGCACAGCACUGAGGGGCGUGGCGGUGCAUGGUGGGGGUGCCGCAGAGAUGUGGCCUGCCAUGAGGUGCCUGCUGGCCCUGCUGCUGGGGCUGCUGUGUGGCCCCAUGCACAGCCAGGCAGCGCAGGCUCAGUCCACCGCUGUCAAAAUAUUCCAGGGCUUGUUCCAGCAGCGGCGAGCGGAGCACAAGGCAGCCGUGGAGACCAUACAGAGGCUCAAUGACAACGUGAAGCAGCAGAAGAUGGUGAAUAUCGUCGCCUCGAAAGCAUUUGAGGUAUUGGAGCAGAGUCAGGUGAAGCUGCGGGAGGCCGGCUACAUCCCUGGCAUGGACUUCCCUGAGGAUGAAAAUGUGCGAGAUGCGCUGUCCCAGACCCUCGAGAACACAGCCUUCCUGGGUGAGAUCCUGCUGCACCUGCCGGACACGAUGCACCAGCUGCUGCACCAGAACAAGCCGUGGCAGCUCCUCUUCACCUGGGGCCUCUUCUUCGCCACUCAGUCCAAGUUCCUCGACAAGAAAACCAACAGCUUCAUCUACCUGGUGUCUCAGGAGCUGGGUGUGGCCGAGCGUGACCCUAACUUCAGCAACCCCUACGCCCGGCGCUCUGGCAAGCAGUCUGCGGGAGGCUCAGCGGGUGGCACACAAGGCUCCGGCAGCAAGGCCAAGAAGAAAAAGACCUUCAAGAAGGGUCCACAGCUGUCACGCCAGUUUGGGGACUUAUGAUUUCUGGAAGUGUACAGAUAGCCAGUAUUUCCUUCAGUUGGAAAGACCCAUAAUUCUCAUGUCAUUGUUGGGACAGGUGAAUCUCUACAAAUGAUUUCUGCAGAUGUUGAGAUAAAUUUCUACCUUUCUGAACAUUCUGCUGCACCUCUAAGCAGUUUUCAGUUUGUAACAGAUACAUCUCAUUAAUUUGGGGACUGAUUCCUUGCUUUUCAUUAUAUUUAGGUUUCCUUCACUGUUGUUCAGUGAGAAGCAACUUUUCACAAACAUCUGCUGUAACUUUGCUUCCAAGAAGUGUGUGAAACACCUUAUUCCAUUUUUCAAUACUUUUUUUUAUGCUAGCAUGUAAAUAAUUAUACAAACCUUAGUCUUUGUAUGCAAAAAUUUCACUUCACCUUUCAUUAUUAUUUAGAGUUCAAAGAUCCAGACAUCAGGAACACAAUUGUAUGCAAGGAAUUUUUAAAAGUGAAACAUUGUUUACUAAAGGGUCUCUCAGGCACACCAGCUUGUUGAGAGCCACUCAGUAGCUGACUCCUGAAGUGCCCCCGUCAGAUGAACAGCCAUUGUCAGCCUUGGCACUGCCAGGGAGCUGCAACUCCUGAGUGCUGUGCUUGUUCCGUAGUGUUGAUUUGGUAUUCCAUUUGUGUGUGUGUGUGUGUGUGUGUUUCACAGUACAAUCAAGUGUGGGUGUGAUGCAUCUCUGAUUCAGUACAAACAAAGCUGUGUUUCCUGUGCUGAGAUAUAAAACCUUUCAUGUUUGUA